AUGCCUACUUGCGAUGGAUGUGAGCAUCUCUUCACUAAAAAUGGUUAUUCUCGCCACCUAGCUCAAUCUAAGAAUCCUGCUUGCAUCAUCAUAUACGAGCAGAUGCAAAACUAUGUACCUUCGGCACCAAAUCUACAUUUCGAGUCACAUCCUCCGAGUCCAACAACUGCAAAGGUAUCCGAAGUACAACACCGAUCUGAUGGCGCAGUCUAUGAGCAUGAAUUGGACAACUUCGAAAACCCACCUCCUAAUAUAUUUGAGGGCGACUACUUUAACACUGCAGCCGAGGACCUGGAAUGGCCUGAGGAUGAUGCUGAAGAAGACGCUGAAGGUGAUGGUUUGGAAUCAGAGGAAGAGGAUAUGGAGGCUGAAGGAGCUGUAGCUGAGCAAGAACGAGACUGGGAGCCUCCUGUUGCAGAGCAGACCAUCGAAGAUCAGGAUUUGCCUAUGGAGGAAGAUAGCACGCACAUCACAGACACAUCUUCCGACACUCACGGCACUGAUCUAAAUCGUGCUCACCGGCACGAUGCAGAAGCCCCACUAUUUCAACGACCACAUAUUGUUAAGUUCCCUCUUCGCAAUGCAGGAGCUACCCAGGACUUGGAGGAUUCAGACUCGGACCCAGAUGAAGGAUGUCAUCAGAGCCCUGGUUCUACAUCGUUCUCGGACCUUCUCGAAAUCGAAGGAGUGUGCGAGAAGCUAGGGUUGUCAUACAAGAACUCCCGCGAACUAAACAAAAUAAUUGAUACAAAGAUACCUGCACGCCGGCCUUGCUUCCAGCGCAAGGAGAUUUUGGUGGCGGGUGAAGCUUUUGAUGUGUACUGUCGAGAUAUCAUCGACUGUGUCAAAGCGCUUUAUGGAGACCCAGAGUUUGCACCUUACCUUGUAUUUGUCCCAGAGCGGCACUAUACAGAUCAAGACGAGAUGCAAAGGCUAUACCACGAUCUACAUACUGGUAAAUGGUGGUGGAAUACACAGAUACUCCUCGCCUAUCUGCCCACCACCAAGUUAGAACAUAUUACCAACAAAUCAGCGAGACGCCGAAGUCUCGCGAAUCUAUUCCAUGCCUGCAUGCGCCAUGUUGUUGAGCCACUGGUAGAGCCAGGUAUCAAUGGGAUGGCAAUCAUGAGCGGAGAUGGUGCGUUACGGCGUGGGCAUCCUUUGGUUGCCUGUUACAUUGGAGAUUACCCCGAACAGCUCCUUGUCACAGGCAUCAAGACUGGUGAAUGUCCGAAGUGUGAUAUUCCAUCGGACGAACUUGGCAGUAAGGAUUUGCCUUUUCACACCCGCGAUCUGGGUGACAUUCUUGAUGCACUCGCUCUUGUCGAUGAAGACCCUUAUGAGUUUACUAAGGCCUGUCGCAGUGCAGGAAUCAAACCCCUCUAUCAUCCUUUCUGGGAAGACCUACCGCAUUGUAACAUAUUUCGCGCCAUCACUCCCGACAUCUUGCAUCAACUGUACCAAGGACUCGUCAAGCACCUGAUCUCAUGGAUCAAAUCUGCAUUCAGCGAUGCAGAAAUUGAUGCUGGCACGGAGCACGAACAAAUUUGCCGGUUCCUGCUGGGAAUAAUCAUUGAUAUUGGCCUGCCAAAUGGCGCAUCACCACUCCGACUGGUCCGUGCUGUAAGAGGCCUGCUUGACUUCCUGUAUCUUUCACGCUAUCCUUGUCACUCACAACGAACCUUGGAUCUUCUGGACGAUGCGCUCAAUCGCUUUCAUGACAACAAGUCAAUAUUCGUGGAUCUUGGUAUCCGUUCGUCGUUCAAUUUGCCUAAGCUCCACUCCUUUCGACACUAUGUUUCAAUGAUUCAACACUUUGGAACGACCAACAACUACAAUACCAAGUAUACCGAACGGCUUCAUAUCGACCUCGCAAAGGAUGCCUACCGCGCAACAAACCACAAAGAUGAGUAUAUGCAGAUGACCCUUUGGCUCGAGCGACGAGAAAAGAUUCUUUGGCACCAUCAAUUCAUUCAGUGGCGUCGUUCCUUAGCUUCCUCAAAUCAGCACCAAUCGUUCAGUUAUUCCCCACCACACGUUGAUCUUCUGUAUUCCCGACAAUACAAAGUCGCAAAGCACCCCUCUGCUAAACGAGUGACUUUCUCGGCACUUGCAGCCGAGUAUGGUGCAGUGCAUUUCCGUGCAGCCCUCACACAUUUUGUAGUGCAGGUCACAGAGCCGGAUCUGACUGCACGACAGCUCGAGGACAUGGCCGUGGAUGUGAUACUCCCUUUUCAAUCUGUGGCCGUGUUUCAUAAAAUCCAUUACAACAUCAUCAAUGACGACGGAACACCGAACAACCUUACUGUCGACUCAAUUCAUGCUCGACCAGCCAGACACGACCGCCACCAUAGGAACGUGCCUGCUAGGUUUGACACGGCACUUGUGAAUUUGGGUAAUGGUGGACCUUUGGGUGUGGAAGGAUACUGUGUAGCACAGGUCCAGGUUGUGUUUUCCCUUUUGGCGAAAGCAAAAAUAGCAAUGUUUCGCAACUUAAAUGUCCCUGAUCACCUCGCAUAUGUCGAAUGGUUCACGCCAUUUGCCAACAGACCACAGGCCAACCAUGGCAUGUAUAAAGUUUUGCGGGCUUUUCGUGAUGGUGAGAGGCAGGCGAGCAUCGUGCCUGUCCGCAAUAUCCGACGUUCUAUCCACUUGAUGCCGAAGUUUGGACCUGUGGCUCCUCGGGAAUGGACAACAAGCAAUGUAUUAGAUAGGUGUAGCACAUUUUUCGUUAAUACCUUUACAGAUAGAGAUGCAUAUGUAACUUUGUUUUAG